UUGACUCGGGGAAAACCGCGAUUGCAGAAGUUGGACGCGCUCGCAGGCCGUUCUUUGCAGAGUGGGUGGAGCCGAGUGGCGCCUACUCACCUAGCGCCGUCCACCCCCGAGCGUGAGCGUGAGCGAGAGCGAGAGCGAGAGCGAGAGCAGCAGCUUUGGAGGGCGCGAGCCGGCCGGGCCCCGGCCCCCGGCCCCCGGCCCCCGGCCCCCGGCCCCGUGGGAAACCCCGUCUCCUCAGCGCGCGCAGCCCGCUCGGUAACGCCGCGGAGGCUGGCCCGGGGUCCUCACCCCCACCGCCGGGAUCCCCGCUUCCUCAAUCAACCUCGGGAACGUCUAUCAGGGAGGGAGACUUGGUUUCUAGAAACGGCGGCGAUUGAGCCUUUCGUUGCGACACGGGGAAGAAGUACAAAGUUACGAACUCCUGGAACGCCGGGCUUGGUUUCCCUUUGGGUUUUACGCCCGCCGCCGCGAGCCGAGGAGCCCGCGGAACAAAGUAGAACUUGAGGAGCCGCCGCCGCGGUGACUCCGUCCCGGGGUGACGUCACCGUGCGAUAUUUAAAACGGGAGCUGUUCGCUCCGAGUGUGGGCGGAGGAGCUGCGGCUACUUGAAGACGCCCGAGGGCUCCCUGGCCCAGCUCGCUUCGGUUUCUUUCUCCGACUUUAUAACUCCCUCGUUCACCCUUUGGUACUCCCAGGAUUCUAACUGGUGGGAGUGGGUUAAUUUUUAUGCUAUUCCACGCAUCAUUGCUUCAGGCUGAAGAAAAAAUAAAAAAAAGUGAUUCCAUAUGACUCAUCCUGUGUUCCAAAGCAAUAGCAACCACUGAGUGGUUCUUUGCUUCCUUUUAUUUUUUUGAUACGAAACAACAAGACAAAAAGGAAAACAAAACCCUAACCUCAGAUAUGGAGAGCACAGUAGACGAAUUUAAUGAAUGAGAAUGAUCUCGUUAAGAAUUCAGAACUUUCCUUUCGUGGGGUUCCUUGUUUUCUUUGAUGAGAUGGAAGCUAAUGUAGUUCCAUCAGCAAGCAACUUUCUUCUCAAACCGUAUAUUAAAUUGCAGUGGGUUUUAUUUUCCAUUAUAACAUGGUGGGAUAUAAAUACAGCUUUGUAAAGUGGAAAUGGCCUGACUUUUUUUUUAGGAGGGUGCCUCAUAGCAUUUGUGGAAGGCUGGGGUUGUAUGUGCCUCCACGACUUUUAUGUGCAACUCAGUUCCCCUUGUCUGGUACUUGGCCAAAGAAGGUGGAUUUGGCAUUCUAGGGUUCCAGAGGGGGAAGGUUUAGGUGUCUACCCAUCCAAGAUCGGGGUGGGUAGGACUACCUGCACACCUCUCAGAUAACUAGUAUUUCACAGUGAGAUCCCUCGUUUGAAUUUCCGCAAGGAGUAAAGAAUCAUAUUAAUGAGGAGAGAUGUCCAGAGGUUUGAGAAAACAAAUGUGUGAGAACCCAAACUUAUCAGCUAGGUUUUUGGUUUUUAUAUUAAAUACAGCAGAGGCUGUAUAUCUUUAAUAAUUGGCUCUGGAAGGGAUGAUACUGCUUAGUAAAUGCAGCAUAUGAAAAACUCCCAAGUUACUUACAGCCGCCAAGUGAAUGAGCUCAUUGCAUAAAGACAGAAUAGAAUACACAUUGAAACAAUCCCAGGAGAAGAUUUUUGCCUUUAUGGAUUAAUCAAUGAUAAAUCAGAUCUGCCAUUUAAAGAGAGUCUUUCUUGAGGCAAUUCCACAGUGCAGCUAAAUCUCUGGCUUUCUUUUAGUUUGAUUUUUCUGUGGAUGACCCUGAAUUUCUGCUCUAUUAAAUAUGUUUUGAUAGAACCACUGUUGGGUUAUACCUUUCAGGGAAAGAUGAAGAACGAAAUUGCUGCUGUUGUCUUCUUUUUUACACGGCUGGUUCGAAAACAUGAUAAGUUGAAAAAAGAGGCGGUUGAGCGGUUUGCUGAGAAAUUGACUCUUAUACUUCAAGAAAAAUAUAAAAAUCACUGGUAUCCAGAAAAACCAUCAAAAGGACAGGCCUACAGAUGCAUUCGUGUCAAUAAGUUUCAGAGAGUUGAUCCUGAUGUUCUGAAAGCCUGUGAGAACAGCUGCAUCUUAUACAGUGAUCUAGGCUUACCAAAGGAACUCACUCUGUGGGUGGAUCCAUGUGAGGUGUGCUGUCGGUAUGGAGAGAAAAACAAUGCAUUCAUUGUUGCCAGCUUUGAAAAUGAGGAUGAGAACAAGGAUGAAAUCUCCAAGAAAGUUACCAGGGCUCUUGAUAAGGUUACCUCUGAUUAUCAUUCAGGAUCCUCUUCUUCAGAUGAAGAAACAAGUAAAGAAGUAGAAGUGAAACCCAGUUCAGUGACUGCGACCCCAAGCCCUGUGUACCAGAUUUCAGAAUUAAUAUUCCCGCCUCUUCCAAUGUGGCACCCUUUGCCCAGAAAAAAGCCAGGAAUGUACCGAGGGAAUGGUCAUCAGAAUCACUACCCUCCUCCUAUUCCAUUUGGUUAUCCAAAUCAGGGAAGAAAGAAUAAACCAUAUCGCCCAAUUCCAGUAACAUGGGUACCUCCUCCUGGAAUGCAUUGUGACCGGAAUCACUGGAUUAAUCCUCACAUGUUAGCACCUCACUAGCUGCUUUUUGAUUCUGUUGGUAUCAGUGUUGAGAGAAGGUAGACUAAGGCCUGACCACAUUAAAAGUUAAAAGUUCAUACUCAUACUAGUAAAGUUAGAUGGGCCAAACCAUCAACUUAUUUUUAUAGAAAAGUUAUUGAUAAUAAUCUUUCUUAAAAAAUAUAUAUGCACUUUAGAUAUAUUGAUAUAGUUUGAGAAACUUUAUUAAAGUUAGUCAAGUGCCUGAGUUUUUAAUAUUGGACUUGAGUAUUUAUAUAUUGUGCAUCAACUUUGUUGGAUACGAGAACACUGUAGCAGCAGACGAUCUGUUCUAGCACCUUUGAGCAUUUACUUUAUGGAGAGUAUGUAAGUUAUUUAUACACAAGGAAAUCUAUUUUAUGUCAUUGUUUAGAAAAAUUGCGUGAAAUCAUGUAGUUGCAAAUAAAAAGUAGUUUGAGGCA